AUGUCACAACACGUACAGAAUCUCCUCCGCGAGCUCGAAAACUUCCGAGCUUCUCACCCAAUCUUGUUGGGCAUCAUAAACGAAACAACAAACAUUCAUCUCUUGAUAAAAUCGCAGAAAUAUACACACAGCAUCCCGCUAGCCAUCGUCCUGUUGCAUUUACUGGAGCACCUCGAGAGUAUCGCUGAAGUCUACGAGAUCAUUCUGCCGCCCCGUUCGUCAGACAGACUGCGACGAGAGCCGAUAGACAGACCAUGUAUGCAAAUCACAUAUCAGGAAGCACAUGAGUUCGUCCAAGCUCAGCCUAAUCAUGCGUACUUUGACACCUUCAUGUCAUUUGCGCGGCAACGAGGCCAGCAGCCGCCUCAGCCACCCACAGGGCCGGCAUACGGGGUCCCAAACAUGGCGACCACAUGUCUGAGUGCUCCCCACACGAGCACGUUCGCGCCUUCGACGGUGGGCCCCUCAUUGGGACUCAGGUCUGGUCAGCCAUCCCCAUUCGGGACAACGGUGCCAGCCCCGUCGUCCGGGCAUUUCUGUGGCAUUUCCCAGGCUACGAUUCCAACAGGCUACAGUACCGAGCAUUCCCUACCAUACCAUGGCAUGUCAGCGACCAUGGGUCCACAUGUCGGGCAAAGUCUCCAAGGAGGUCUCAUGCAGCCCCAUCAGAACGGACACAUACCUAGUGGCCACACCCCUAUGCCUGUAACAGUAGGCCAGCAGCAUUGUCCACCAGCGCCUCCGCAGCAGCAGGGCCAGAUUCUUCGCUCACAAAUCUCUCAAUUCGGUGUUUCUCAGCACCAACACGUUGCGUAUCCUGGCACUCAGUAUCGGCAGCAUGAUCCUGCUCUCCUUCGUCAUCUACUGGAGCAGGCUCUUGCUACUCUCACAGCAUGCGAGACCCAUGAUACCAUCCUAAAGGCUGAUAGUGCCAACCCAAGGACUGAGGCAGCUGCUUUCCAUGGCGAUAUCUCGUCUAAUGAGCCCGUUGUAGGGAGCACUGUCGAGCCGCAGAUCAGCAGCCCCCAGAUGUCGCCAAGGAUGGAUGAUGGCCAAUUGCCUCUGCCAGAAUCAUGUUCUGAUGUAAACUCGCAUGAGUCGUCAUCGCGAGCGUCCAGUAGAAGUAGACAAAGCGAGCUUGACUGGCCGACGGAGCGAGAUAACCGGUCGAAGGUCUGUCCCAACUGCGGCGCCGAUCACCAACUCAGAAAUUGCCCGAAACCCAACACAGAGGAUGGACACCUGCAGGCCUGCUUCGAGUGUAACACAACAGAUCACGCCUGGUUCCAGUGUGAUGAUUAUAACGCAGGUCAGUACAGGGUGUUCAAUCUCAUCUACGUCUCCCGCCAAAGCCUCUGCCCUGUUGUGCAUGAUGAGCCUAUCCAUGAGCUCUGGGGGAAUCACUUCUACAAUUUGGACGACGAUAUCCAAAAGUUGACUCUUCGGCGACCGGGACCAAUGACUCCACAGUUUGUGCUUCGCAUGCUACACAAUUGGAAACAUGACCAAGAAGUGAGACGGCAGAUGAAAGACGAGGGCCGUCUUCUGCCCUGGGAUUUAUCGGCAACUGCGCUGAACUCUUACGCAUCGCGCAUUGCGCAAGCCGUUUUUGACCCAGCCACUAACCCGAUGUCGCACGAAGUCUUCUAUGAGGGCAUCGAGACAAGCGACGACCAAGGAAUCAAUGUCAUUGAUUCCCAGAGCCUCGAUGGCCACGAGAUGAACGACGAGUCUCAGGCUGGCUUUGCCGAGCGACAAGCCGCCACAGCCCAUGGAACAGCAGAAAAUGUCCAACCCACACAGUCCGAGGAGGCUGACAGGCUUCAGGAGAAACAUUUUCGGCCCGAGGGGUACCGGUACACAAGCUGGCGUGAACGCCAAGCACAGCUCAACGAGGAGCAGAGGGAAGGGUCUGUGGCCCAGCGAGAAAGGCUGGAGGGCGAGAGGCUUUGGAGCUACUGA